CACAGAACCCACACCAGGGAGUUGCUCUUCACAUGUGCUGACUCUGGGAAGAAGUUCACCAGCAGAUCAAUGUUCAUGCAGCACCAGAAAACCCACACUGGGGAAAUGCCCUACAGGUGCAAUGAGUGCGGGAAAGGGUUCGCUGACAGAUCACACUUUACUAACCACCAGAGAAUCCACACAGGAGAGAGACCCUACCUGUGUGCCAACUGCAGCAAGAGCUUCAAUCACAGAUCCACUCUCCUGAAACAUCACAGAAUUCACACAGGGGAAAGACCCUUCAUAUGCACAGAGUGCGGGAAGGGCUUCAGCCAGAGCUCAACGCUUAUUCAGCAUUGCAGAAUGCACACAGGAGAGAGACCCUUCACUUGCAGAGUGUGCAAAAAAAGCUUCAGUCGGAGCUCAAACCUCGCUGCACAUCAGAAAAUCCACACUGGGGAGAGACCCUUCCAAUGCAGUGAAUGUGGGAUAGGCUUCAGUGGGAGCUCAACAUUUACUCAGCAUCUGAGAAUGCACACGGGAGAGAGACCCUACGCCUGUAGAGUGUGCAAGAAGAGCUUCAAUCGGCGCUCGCACCUUGCUGCACAUCAGAGAAUCCACACGGGGGAGAGACCCUUCACAUGCGCUGAGUGUGGGAAAAGGUUCACUGACAGAUCAACAUUCAAUCAGCACCGGAGAAUCCAUACCGGAGAGAAGACCUACAGCUGUGAAGAACCAACCAUAUGUUCUGAAUGUGGGAAGGGCUUCAGUCGAAGCAUACACCUGAUCCAGCAUCAGAGAAUGCACACGGGGGAGAGACCCUUCAAAUGCACAGAGUGCGGGAAAGGCUUCAGCCAGAGCUCGCACCUUAUUCAGCACCGGAGAAUCCACACGGGCCAGAAGCCCUACACAUGUCACGAGUGUGGGAAGAGCUUCAGCCAGAGCUCCAACCUUAUCAAACACCAGAGGAUCCACACAGGACACAAGCCCUACGUAUGCACUGAGUGUGGGAAGAUCUUCAGUGAUAGCUCCACAUGUAUAAAACACCAGAGAAUGCACACGGGAGAGAAGCCGUACAAAUGUCCCGAGUGUGGCAAAAAUUUUAGCCAGCGCUCACACCUCAUCCAGCACCAGAGGAUCCACAACGGCGUCAAGCCCUACACGUGCAUGGAGUGUGGGAAGAGCUUUGGCCAGAGCUCCGAUCUGAUCAACCACAGCAGGACCCACACCGGGGAGAAACCCUACAAAUGCACUGAGUGUGGGAAGUGCUUCAGUGGGAACUCCAAUCUGAUCAAACACCAGAGGAUCCACACAGGAGAGAAUCCCUACCACUGUGCUCAGUGCGGGAAGUGCUUCCGCUUCCAGCCGCAGCUUGUGCGGCACCAGAAACACCACGCACAAGAGAAAUCAAACACGUGUACUGAGUGCAGGAAAAGCUUCACUUGGGGCUCACAACUUAUCCAGCAUCAGAGAACCCACACGGGGGACGGACCUUACAAAUGUGCAGAGAGUGGGAAGAGCUUCCUCCGGAGUGCUGAGCUCGUUCUGCAUCAGAGAACUCACACGGGUGAGAGCCCCUACAAAUGCCUGGAGUGCGGGAAGAGCUUCAGGGUCCACUCCAACCUUAUUAACCACCAGAGAAUCCAUGUGGGGGAGAGACCCUAUAGCUGUACGGAGUGUGGGAAGAGCUUUGGCCGGAGCGCAGACCUUAUUAAAUAUCAGAGGACCCACACUGGGGAGAGGCCCUAUAAAUGCACUCAUUGCAGGAAGAGCUUCAACCACAGCUCAGACCUGGUGAAACAUCAGCGGAUCCACACAGGAGAAAAGCCCUAUCAGUGUGCUGAGUGUGGGAAAUGUUUCCGGCAGAGCUCGGACCUGGUCAAACACCAGAGGACUCACACGGGAGAUAAGGCAGAGAAGAUGCCCUACCAGUCUGCCGAGUGCGGGAAAACCUUUGCUCAGACCUUGACGCUGGUUAGACACCAGAUCACCCACACGGGAGAGAGACCCUACAAAUGUCCAGACUGCAGGAAGGGCUUCUGCCACAGCUCCAACCUCCUCCAGCACCGCAGGACCCACACAGGGGAGAGAUCCUACCCCUGCACCGUCUGCGGGAAGAACUUUGGGAUGAGCUCGCACCUCGUCAAGCAUCGGAGAACCCAUACUGGGGAGAGACCCUAG